AGGCGUGUGGCAGACUCGUGCUGGAGCUGGCCAUCCGGCAGUUGGCCCCGGACGAGAACAAUGCCGAGGGCGAGGCAGCAGACGCGACGUGCCAUGUCCUGAUUCUAGCGCUCGACUAUCCGGGCACGGGCAACGAGCUCACCUGCACUCAAGAUGGCGAUAACAUGCAGGAGCUUUGCCGACUGAGCGGCGUGACAGAUGUGACCGUGCUGUACAACAACCAGGCCAACAGGGAGCAGGUCCUGGCAAAGAUCCAGGAGAUCGGAGAGCGCUGCGAGGAGGGCGACUAUUUCAUCUUCAACUACAGCGGCCACGGGACCAGCGUGCCCGACAAGGACGGCGAUGAGGAGGACGGCAAAGACGAAGCGCUCUGCCUCGUGACUCCCGACGGCAGGCUCGACUUUGGCGGGUUCCUCACAGACGACGACUUCGCGGACGCCAUCACGGAGGCAUGUGAAGAAGGCGUCAAGAUCCUCAUCAUGUGCGACUGCUGCCACUCGGGGACCAUUGGCGACUUCAAGUCCGACAUGGAAACGUGGGAGGGCCACACCGCGCUCUCCAUGUCAGGCUGCGCGGACAACCAGACCUCUGGAGACGUCGGGGGUGGCAUCUGGACACAUUCGCUCCUCAUGGCCAUCGAGGAGUUGCAGCGGGAGGGGGUGGAGGAGUACUCCAUUGCCCAGCUGUACAACAAGCAGCUGGCGAAGGACGACGAGGUCUUUAACAGUCAGCAGGACAUCCAGCUGAAGUGGUCGGCGGAUCUCGGUAACGCCACCAACAUGGAGUGGCCGCUGGUGCCAAAGGCGCCGUACGUGGCCCCGUACACCAGGCGCAUGCAGGGCCAGUAUUAGUGGCGGCGGGCGUGGCCGAGGAGGCUCGUGCUGCUGCCUGAGGCUCGGGGGGCUGAGUCCGCGCCCACUCGUCCGGCAGCUUGCAAGGUGGGAGGGUUUGAACGCGAUGCAUGUACAGCUCAGCGUAUGCACAGUUCAGCGUAUUUACUGCAAUUGUUUAAUCUCUUGAGGGCGGGGACAGGACGACGGCCUGCCAUCUUUAAGCGACGUCGGUGGCCUGCCUGUCUCAGGCGCGGCAAGACUGUCUGGACGAGCCUGCCAAGUCCAAGUGGCGAUGUGAAGCGGGAUGAAGGGCCUGGCUGGCCUGGCCUUCAUGGCAGUCUUGCGUGGUUUCAUCAUUCAAUUAUUUCAUCACUCGUCACUGACGAGGAGCCGUGGGCAGCAUUGCUUCCUCCAAGGCAUGUAGCUUUUGUGCGAAAGGGCAUGUGGCGUUUGGCAUGUUGGCCGAGGGCAACCUGCGGGAAGGAGUCGCCUCCGUCUUCCGACAGGGCUACUGGACCAUCUUUCAACGGCUGCUGGACCUGGAGCUUCGGCAUGGACCGCCCUCGUCUCGAGGCGCGUGCCGCGUCCUGCGCCGGCUCGAAGAGGCCCGCGGCGCGCAAAAGAGC